CCUGGCCACCCUCGCCUUUCAUCUGGAUCUAUCCUGCACAGCUGUCAAAGACUCAAAGACAAGCAACCCGACCGAUCCUGUCUGGCAGCUCGCCUUAUUUAUUUUAUUUUCUUUUCCUUUCUUCUUUAUUCAUCUCUCUCUACUUAUUGCUCUCUGUUCACCCUCUCUGUUCACCCUCCCUCGUCCUUCUCUCUCCUCUCUCUCCUCUCUCUCUCUCCAUGACUACACGCUUGUCUGCUCUCUCGACCGUCGUACCGGUGGUCGUGGGUUGAGAUCUGAUCUGAUUGCUUCCGAUUGAGGACCUUUGACGACUUUGAUACCCUAUUCGAAAUCGAUUCUACUGCCGGAAUGGUCACGACCAACGAAGAGCGUGCCGUACAUCUGGCCCGAGAGGCGGUUGAGCUGGGAGACGCCGGUCACCGAGAGGCCGCUGCUCGCAAUAUCCGUGAAGCUAUUUCGCUCGCUCCCCAUAACCCGGAGGUUCGGUCCGCGUUCGACAAAGUACGCCAGGAGGAACAGGGGAGCCACCAUCUGCUCGAUCGCUGUCGGCGAUAUGCCGCCGGCCUUGAUGAGGAAGCGGGCAAGGAUGCGGUGCGCUAUCUGCGCACAGAUGGGUUGAAACCCCCGGAAGAUGUCGCUCUCGAGUGUCUGCAGCUGCUACUGGCCCACGACCCGGCCACCCUAUCCGCCCACCAGGACGAGAUCAUCUCGGGUCUCGUCCGGCAGAACGCCAGCGUGCGCAAAUACUUUGCUACUCAGCUGCUGGCCUCGGUCACGGCGUUUUUUGAUGAGAUCUACGACCGCGGCGAUGGCGCCGCCGUCUGUCUGGAUACCGUCGUCCUCGACCCCUCCGUCUGGCCCUCCGACGACGAUCGCGCCCACUGCGAGAGCGAGCUGUUCCAGCUGUUCAUCGCCAAAUUGAUGGAAUCCGGCCACGACCUCGACGGUCGCUCGCUCAAGGGCAUCACCCGCCUGCUGGCCGUCGACGCUGCCAAGCUGCAGCAUCUCGUCGAUGACGAAGGUCUCGACGUCAUCCUCUGCUCGUGCGACAGCCGCCUGCCGCUCGAGGUGCGCAGCCAGGCCACCCUGGCUGUCGCCAAGUACCUCGACGCCGCCAAGGAGUCCGGCGAGCAGCGCCUCUCCCAUCUACUCGCCGCCCGCAUCGCCAAGGGCCGCAACGACGACCUCAUCAUCGCCUUCUCCGCCCUCACCGCCGUCUUCCCCGUCGCCCCCUCCGUCACCGCCGCUCUGUUCCUGUCCGACAGCCUCCUCCAGUCUCUGCGCCCGCUCGCCUCCCGCGCCGCCAAGAGCCGCCGCGUCGAGGAGACGGUGCUAGAACUGCUCAACGCCGCCUGCAUCGAUCGCACGUGCCGCCAGGCCGUCUCCCGCGACUUCUCCGACUGGUUGUCCCAUCUACUCACCAAUGGCUGUGACUCGAGCUCCGAGCUGGCUGCCGUCGUGCUAGCCAAGCUGCGCGCUUCCCCGCAGGAUCAGGGCACCACCGCCGCCUCCUCCGACCCUAAUCACGGUAAGGUGCUGGAGGAAGACAGUGUUCCAGAGCUGGUUGAACGAUUCAAGGGACUGAUGUCGCGGCGCAACAAAAAGGUCACGGUCGAGAAUCUCCACCAUGCGAUCGAGGGCUUGGCCUAUUCAUCCAUUAAACCGACCGUCAAGGAGCAGUUGGUGCAGGAUGCGGGCUUUCUGGGCGACCUGAUUGCCGCGAUGCAGGCGAACCUGACCGACUCGUCGGUGCUCUAUGGCGGUCUGAUGAUCCUGCUGAACGUGACUGCCUUCCUGCCCGCGCUCUCCGAGGAGCAGAAGAAGAUGUCGCAGCUCAAGUCGUACGCAAAUGCCAACGGGCCGGGCGGCGGCAUAACGGAUCCCCUCGACGACGACGACCACGUCUUGUCACGCUGCCAGGCGGUGGUCGAUGCGGGCGUCAUGCCGUUGUUCGUCGAGUGCGCCAAGUCCCCUCUACUGCCCUCCAUCCAAGACCUGGUCAGCAAGGUCCUACUGGCACUCUCUCGUAACCGGGCCACGCGGGGCACCCUCGCCCAACAGGGCGCCGUCAGGUUGCUCGUCACCCUGGCUACUAUCAAGACUACUACUGGCGCAGCCCCUGUAGGCAACGUUACUGCCGCUGCUGCUGCUGCUGCAGCAGCUCCCGUGAAUGCCGCAGCGGCGCAUGCACUGGCCCGCAUCCUCAUCUCGGUCAAUCCGAUGCACGUCUUCCCGCCCUCGGGGUUUCCCCCGAUCACGUCGGCGAUCCGUCCUUUGGUUUCGUUGCUAGCCUCGCAGGGUAGUAGUGCUAGUGCUAGUGGUAGUGGUAACGGGAAUGGCGCCGUAUUUGCCGAACAAUCGCGCGACCUGCUCCCCGUCUUCGAGAGCCUGCUCGCUCUGACGAACCUUGCGUCGUACCCGGACGAGACGGCAGCGGCAGCGAUUGUGCGACAGGCCUGGGCGACGGUCGAAGAUCUGCUCCUCUCGCGGCACACGCUGGUCCAACGUGCCGCGUGCGAGCUAGUCUGCAAUCUGAUGACCAGCGAGGCCGGGAUCGUGCAGUUCGCUGACGGGUCGAAGCGCGCCGCGCAGCGCCUGCACAUCCUCCUCGCCCUGACGGACGUGGAGGACGCCGCGACGCGCAAGGCCGCCGGCGGCGCGCUGGCGAUGCUGACCGAGUUCGACGCCGCGGUGGCGGCCGUGCUGGAGCGCCCCCGCGGGGUCGAGCUGCUCCUCGCCCUCUGCGCCGACGAGGACUCCGACCUCGCGCACCGUGGUGUCGUGUGCGUGCGGAACCUGACCUGCACCGCGGGGGGGGAUAUCGGUUCCCGCGCACGCCAGGCGGUUCGCCUUGCGGGCGGGGUUGAUAUCCUGCGCACCUGUCUGCAGCGGACGAGGAAUCCGGCGGUCCUCCAGGCAGGUGUGGAUGCUUUGCGGCCUUUGAUUGAGUGAUCUCUUCCAAUUUGCUCCUUUUCUCUUUCUUUUAUCUCCUUCUUUCUAAUUAUGUCUUUCUUCGGCUGGUCAGCGGGGUGUUGGGAG